AUGCUGGCCGAAGCAACCUUACCGGUGAAGCCUCGCGACGGACCAUGGCUGUGGCCCUUGCACGAGCCAGAUGUGGCUGCAGCCCUUCUGGUAUGCCAGGUGAUGAGUGAUACCGAAUGUUGGUUCUGGCGACUCCUUCGCAGCCUCCGCAUCCUGACGCCGUUUUGCCUGCUGGAGCAGCAGCGCCACGUGAAGGAGCAGUAUGCUCCAUCAACGUCCUACGUUCUGGCAUGGAUGAACCAGUACACGCAAGGCAUUUGGCCUUUGCUUGCUGUGUGUGUACCCUUCGCCUUCAUCGUCGAAGAGGAGGCUGAGCGCUUGGAUGCAUCCAGUUGGGAGUUCUACACGCUCCAGGUGGUUGUGAUGCUCUGGGCCAUUGUGAUGAUUGCGCGAGCUCGACAUCGACGUGAGUUUGUUCAGUCCUAUGAGGCUGGAGAGAGCAAGACUUGGGUCGCCGACCUUAACAAGGUCGCAAUAACGAAGAGGCAGAUGUUGCGAAGGAUCAUGUCACAAACAGGUGCAGGAAGCGAAUUUGCUUCCAUGGUCAACCUGACUCAGAAUCCGGAUUUCAAGAAGACGGCCUAUCACAAGCCGUGGCUGAUUUGGUGUGUCUUCCUCACAGUUCUGGGAAGCCUUCUUUGCCUCGUUCUUGCCGGACUCUUCCUCCUGGUCACCAUGGAGCUAAAGUUCUCAUUGAUCUAUGAAUGGGGCGACUGCUACAAGCUCGGAUGCCACGAUCCAUCAAACAAGCAUGGCUUCGCCGGCGUGCUGUCUAUGAUUGGCUGCGACAUUCUGCUGGCACUGACGCUUAACGUGGCGACUGGCGAGCUUUGCAAAGCCUUCGCGUAUCGAAUUGCAAAGACUUGGAACUUCCGCAGCAUGAUCCUGCGACAGUUUGUAGAGCACUUCACAGCCAUGUUCAUUGACAUUAUUGCCACCAUCGGGAUGUUUUCCUACUUGGCCUUCUCCUUUCUCCCUGAGUGGGAGCAAACAGUACCCAGAGAAUGGGAUGAUUCCAGCGGCUGCGACAUCUUUUGGGAUUAUCAGGCCUGUCGGGUCGUUCGAUCGUGUGCGCCUGACGACCUGACCUGUUGCACCGGGACGCUCUUUUGUGCGAGGUCCAAGCUCAACUUUCAGCAGCGACGAGAAGUAUUCUAUGCAUGGCUGGGCGGACUCUUUGUGGUGGCUCCCUUCGUCGAGAUCCUGAUGCUGUUUAUUGUACCACUGGUCGCUUAUGUGAUACAUGUGCAAGUAGAGAUUAUUCGUCAGUCGGAUGAUGAUGAAGAUCCUCCCUCUCGCGGUUGCAGCUUGUGCUCGUGUUGCUGUGGCUUCCUUCGAGGACUCGGACGGCUUGUUGCCUUCAUUUUCUUGUUGGACGGAGCUGUCCUUGGCCUCCCUUACAUUUGGAAGGGUUUUCCAUUCAAAGACCCAGUGAUCGUGGAGGAAGACGACAAAUCAAAGGCUUUCGGCCCCUACUGCACAGACUGCAAGAGGGAUAUGCACUGGACCGACAGGGACCAAGAAGCAGGCUGGAAAUGCCGACACCACGAUGUAUGUCAAUGCAGCAGUGAGAACCGCGGCGCUCACAGAUGGCACUGCCCAACAUGCCAUGCUGAUAUCUGUGGAGAUUGCCACCCGCAGGGGGCCGCAGUUAUUGGUGGCCUCUUCGGGCCUCUGGACCAGCGGCUGCUGCGGCCAAUGGAUCCUCUAGAU